AUGGCUACGAUCAUUCUAGUGAUACUUUUUGUUAUCUUUGCAAAUAUUUUCGCUAAUAAUCCUGAAUGCGAGAAGAAAUCGUAUUGUGAAUGCUGGAAAUAUAACACUAAUGUAUCAAAUAUUGUUAAUGUACACAACAAAAAUGUGACGUUUAGAAUAAACGUGAAAUCGUGGUCAAAUAUUCAGAUCGAGUGUGGAGAUAUUAGUUGGAAUGAUUUUAAUUUCACGCAAAUAAAAACCAGAGGAAUCCUCGAUUUGAUAGUGUUUAAGAAUUGCACAUUACCAGAAGAAACUAGAUUACAAUAUAUUGUCAGAAAAUUAGGAAUUAAAGAAACAAGUGGACUAGGCUUUCAAUCUUAUAGAAAUCUUAGCAAAAGUCUUAAAAAGAAUCAUUUUCUAGGAUUUCGAUUUUUGAACAAAUUAGAUUUAUCCCAUAACGGUUUAACUAAUAUAUCAUCUGAUUUGUUUAGCAAUUUACCUAAUUUGGAGUUUCUUGAUUUAUCUGAAAAUUCUCUCGUUUUAAGAAAAGAUUUUUUUAAUGAGACUUUGAAUCUUAAGCAACUUGAUUUACAAGGAAAUGGAAUAAAAGAGCUAUCCGAUAAUUUAUUUUAUAAUCUACAUCUUCCAUUACAAUUGUUUAAUCAAAAUAAAAAAUUAUUAAAAGUAGUCCUUAACGAUAAUAAAGGAAGAUUAACAACAUUGACGGAUGAACUUUUAAUGAAUUUAGAAAAUCUUGAAGAGGUUUCUUUCAGAAGAAAUGAAUUUAAUAAUAUACCAGAAAAACUUUUCGGGGGUUCAACAUCGUUAAAAUACAUUGAUUUCAGUGAGAAUUUUAUUAAAGAAUUACCCGAAUACAUCUUUAUAGAAUUAGAAAAUACUGAACGUCUCUUUUUAAGUCACAAUUUGAUUCAGACCCUUCCUGAUACAAUUUUUAAAUAUUUGCAAUAUUUAGAAGUACUCGACUUGUCUUUUAAUCGUAUUAGUUAUGUACCAAGUACACUAUUUAACGGUUUGACAUCGUUAAAAGAACUUAACAUGGAAGGAAAUCAUAUGAGAUAUAUCGAAAAAAUGGAAUUGCAUUUAUCGAACAAUCUAAUGAAACAUCUUUUUUCUGAUUGGACUACAAAUAAACUAGAGUUAGAAUUAUUAGAUCUGAGUUACAACUACAUAAGUAAAAUAACGGUGAAUGACUUUGUUUUUACGUCGGAUAAAGUUCUAGUAGAUCUAAGUUAUAACAACAUAAGUAGAAUUUUACUGAGUAAUAUCGAAAAGUUGGUAAUAUAUAAUAGAGAAAAACGUAAUGUUAUUGUUCACGUUGAAAACAAUCCCUUAAUAUGCGAUUGCAGUUUAUACGACAUUGUGCGUUAUUCUAACGGUGAUAUGCCCAUUACUGUUUAUAAUUUCUUUGAACUUAGAUUAGGAAACUUAACGUGUGUGAAACCUAAUGGAACACAAGGGCCACAAAUUAAUCAGUUGGAUUUUAAAACCUACCAAUGUCUCGAGGAUGACUACUUUCAAAGUGAAAAAAUGUGUCAAACUAGGUGUACUUGUUAUAUAAGACCGUAUGAUACAACGCGAAUUUUAGAUUGUUCGUACAAUAAGUUUUCUCUAUUCAGAAUCGACAAGAAUAAAAUAAAAUUGAAGGAAAGUUUUCCAUUAAUGUUAGAUCUCACAGGGAAUUUUUUAAUGCAAAUACCAUUAGUCGAUGAUUUAGAAACAAUUAUCUUAACGGGAUUAUUGUUAUCUAAUAACAAAAUUUCUGAAAUAUCAGUGUAUAGAUUACCAACAACUCUCAAAGUAUUAGAAUUACAUAAUAAUAAUCUAGUAAAGUUGAGUUACGACGUAAUUCACUACUUGUAUUAUCAAGAUUUGAAAGAAUUAACUUUGAGCGGGAAUCCAUUUAAAUGUGAUUGCGAUUCAAGAUUUUUAUAUUUAUUAGUUUUGAAAUUGCAAGAUACUUAUAAAGAUUUAAAAAAUGUGAAAUGUAAGGACCAUAAUAUUACUUUAGUUGAUAUGACUAUUAAGCAAUUGUGUCCAUCCAAUGUUWCACCUGAAAAAAUCAUCAAAACUGUGGAAUAA